AGUAUAUAUUUUGUGUUGUCUAGCGAGGAAAGCAUUAAACCAACUCCUCCGAUCUUGAAAUCUAAAACUUGCUCUUACCCAACUGCCUAAAUCUCAGAAAUCCAAUUGGUGUUUAUGUUCCGGUAACUCUAAAUUUCAUACCCAUUUGACUUGUUGUUGUGGUCUGCUUGUUGAAUUGGAUGCUUUUCAUUCUUGAAAUAUGUCUUGAUUUGAUGCAUUCUUGAUAUUGUUUUUCUAAGAAAUUUGAGCAGAAUGAGUGAUUAAAUGAUGAAGAGUUUUGGCACAAGUAUUUCAUUUAGGGGGGUUUCGAAUCCUAGCAGUCCCAGAGCUUGUAAGAUUAAUGAUAGUUUUGCUAGUCCAAGAUUUACUCGCCCAAGCUUAAUUUCAAGAUGGUUUUUCCUACUUGUUGUGAUUGGUUCAUUGGUUUCGUUUUCGGCAGCUGUCGCGGUUUAUUUCUCUGUAUUGCCUAACCUUACUCAGCUUUUUCUUGGAUAUGGUGUUUAUGUAAGGCAUGGUUUCCCCGAUAGUUGUAAUGUGUUUGAUGGGGGGUGGGUUGUUGAUGAUACAUACCCUUUGUACAAUGCGUCGGAAUGCCCUUUUGUAGAACAGGGAUUCAAUUGUUUGGCUAAUGGCCGGAGGGAUGAAAAUUAUUUGAAGUGGAGGUGGAAACCUAAGAGCUGUGAAAUUCCCAGACUAAAUGUGCGGAGUGUCUUAGAAUUGCUUCGAAGCAAGAGGAUUGUUUUUGUUGGUGAUUCUAUGAGUAGAACGCAGUGGGAAUCUUUGAUUUGUUUGCUUAUGACUGGGGUGGAGGAUAAAGGAAGUGUUUAUGAAGUCAAUGGGAACAACAUUACGAAACAAAUUAGAUUUUUAGGUGUCAGAUUCAGUUCUUUUAAUUUCACUAUAGAAUUUUACAGAUCAGUCUUUCUGGUGCAACAUAACUGGGGCAUAAAACGGGGACCAAAGAGGGUAAGGUCCGCCCUAAAAUUGGAUAAGAUGGACGAGAUUAGCAAUGAAUGGAUUGACUCAGAUGUCCUCAUAUUCAAUUCCGGUCAGUGGUGGGUGCCAGGAAAGCUCUUUGGCACGGGAUGUUAUUUCCAGGUUCAUAGUUCACUGAAACUUGGAAUGUCAAUUGAUAGAGCCUACAGUACAGCACUACACACUUGGGCCUCAUGGGUCAACGCCCAUAUCAGCCCUAAUAAAACCCGCGUAUUCUUCCGAACCUUUGAGCCAUCUCAUUGGAGAAAUCUAACUAUGAGAUUGUGCAAUGUGACACAUCAUCCUCUCUCAGAACCUGGAGGGAAGGACCAAAGUGAAUUUUCUGACACCGUAAUGGAUGUAGUGAGGGAUAUGAAAGUUCCUGUAACUGUUCUACACAUCACACCAAUGUCAGCAUUACGGAGUGAUGCACAUGUGGGUUACUGGAGUGAUAAUUCAUCUCUAUCAGAUUGUAGCCAUUGGUGUCUGCCAGGAGUGCCUGAUGUGUGGAAUGAAAUUGUCCUCUCGUACCUGUUUGCUAAUCAUGGGGUGACGUUCCUUUGAAAUGAUACAUCAAGGACUGCCAACAUAGGAAUCUUGUUACAAUUAUUCAUUUGGAUCGAGUGAUAUACAGUUCUCCUGAAGCAGAUAAAGAAUGCUUCGAUCUUAAGAUAUAAAAAAACAAUUUUGAAGGGAAAUGUACAGUCACCAUUGAGCACUGAGCAGAGCAACUGCAUGUCAGAGUUGAUACUUUUUCAUUCUUUGAGGCCUUUUGUUUGUAUAACAGGUAAGCCAGAACAUAACCUCUGUAACAAUUUUUUUGUUCAUUGAUCAAGUUUGUUGUGAUAAGGCUUCAAACAAAGGAUGUUACAAAAAGAAAAGCAAAAGAUAAAGAAAGUUAAAGCAUCA